CCAAAAUGGCGGCAGUAUUGAAAGUUCGCUGAUGUUUUUGUUUUAUUUUAAUGUAUUUGGUCGGAUUCUUUCAGUUUUGGAACAAAUCCACGAUUUGCAUGCAAUAGAAGAGGUUGAUCGUUUAUGUCCGAUCCACGUACAUCUGAUAUGGAUCGGUGUAUUUUCUCCUCCGGGGCGGUUUGUUUAGUUUAGGUCUGUGAAGUGCAACUGUUGACGCGAAUGAGCCAGAUGGCGCUGAACCCGUGGACGUCACACCUAUGAACUUCAUGAGGCUAAAAUGAAGAGCUUCUUUACGUAGAGAUGGAAGAGGAUGUAAAGAAAGUCAAAAAGCCAGGUAUUGUGUCUCCGUUCAAGCGGGUGUUUCUGAAAGGAGAGAAGGGGAGAGAUAAGAAGGCCCUGGAGAAGUCCACAGAGCGCCGGGCCCUACACACCUUCACCCUCUCUCUCCCGGACCACCGCAUCGACCCUGACAUUCUCCUCAAUGACUACAUUGAAAAGGAAGUUAAGUAUCUGGGACAGCUAACCUCAGUUCCUGGAUAUCUGAAUCCCUCCAGUCGCACUGAAGUUCUGCAACUUAUUGACAAUGCCAGGAAGUCUCAUCAAUUAGCAGGGCAGCUGACAACAGAGCAGGAUGCUGUUGUCAGUCUGUCUGCAUAUAAUGUGAAGCUUGUGUGGCGUGAUGGAGAGGACAUCAUUCUUCGCGUGCCCAUCCAUGAUAUCGCGGCUGUGUCCUAUAUCAGAGAUGACUCACUUCACCUAGUGGUGCUAAAAACAGCUCAGGAGCCUGGGGGUUCUCCAUGUCACAGUACAGAGAUGUCAAAGUCUCCCACUUUGAGCUCCCUAUCAGAAAGUGGGGCUGUGCUUGUGGAGGUCUGCUGCCUACUCGUGCUGGCUGUCGAUAACAAGGCUGCAGCAGAAGAACUCUGUCUACUCCUCAGUCAAGUCUUCCAGAUUGUCUACACAGAGUCAACUAUUGACUUCCUGGACAGGGCGAUCUUUGAUGGAGCCACAACGCCAACCAGACAUCUCUCUAUCUAUAGUGAGGACUCAAGCAAAGUAGAUGUCAAGGAGGUGUUUGAGGCAGAGGCAAGCACAUUUUCAUUCCAGAGUUCUCUAGAGGCAGGGCACUCCUCUUGCCCAUCUCCUUCCUCCACCCCAGCCUCACCACAAACUGCCAGUGAGAGUGAACUGAGCACAACAGCUACUGAACUGCUGCAGGACUAUAUGACCACACUGAGGACGAAACUGUCCUCUCAGGAGAUUCAGCAGUUUGCAACACUGUUACAUGAGUACAGAAACGGGGCCUCCAUCCAUGAGUUCUGUAUCAACCUGCGACAGCUUUAUGGAGAUAGCAGGAAGUUCCUCCUACUUGGACUGCGGCCUUUCAUUCCUGAAAAGGACAGCCAGCACUUUGAAAACUUUUUGGAAACCAUCGGCGUGAAAGACGGUCGCGGCAUCAUAACAGACAGCUUUGGGCGUUACAAACGCACGGCAAGCUCUGCAUCAGACUCCACCACUAAUGGUAACAGAGCUGCGGGUGGUUCGGAUGAAGGAACGGUGACCUCUGAGGGCGACGAAUGGGACCGCAUGAUUUCAGACAUCAGCAAUGACAUAGAAGCAUUAGGAACCAGUAUGGACCAGGACGGCGUGUGCUCUUGAUGUCAUAACACUAGGUCAGGCACUCAAUGUGUCCUUACCAAAUCACCACUUGAUAUAAUCACAUGGGCCAUUGGUCCAUAUUGCUGUUCAUCGAAUCUGACAAUGCUGGAGAUUGGAUACUGUAUGGAUAACAUUUCCUGGCUGUCAUCCUUAUUCUCCUUUGUUGUGCCAUAGGACCACAACUUUGAAGUUUGAUAAUUGUUUUUUAUGAUCCGUGAUGUAAAAAAGGGUUGUCCUUUGCUUUGAACAGCAGUUGUAUUUCUCUAGGUAAUGUUUAUUGGUAGUAUCUGGUACCAAUAUUGGGGACUUUGGGGCUGGUAGAUGUUGCUCUUUCGAGAAGGAUAGAGCUGCAGGCCAAGCUCCAAAAAGGGGCGAGAGCUCCAAACCGCCAGCAAAGGUAUACAGAUCCCCUAAUCUAACCCUUUCUCUAACCCUAAUAAUGUGUGGAAGUGACACCCCCUUUUAGAGUUGCGCUGCCCUAUUUUGUGGGUUUCCACCCCCAUAUGGAGAUCUCUGGGUUGCAGCCAUACCUACUUGGCUCUUUCACGCUGAUCUGAGACCAGUUUGGAAGUAUCUAAUUUAAUUGUUAACUUUAUGCUUUGAAAAGAGAAUGCUUCUCCUUAUUAGUGUGAAGGGGCAAAUUCUACCUGCAGUGUGGAGUUUCUGCAGUUUCUGGAUGCCUUUUAAAAUGGUAAUACAGUAUGUGUCUUGAAACCUGAUGGAAGUGAAGUGCAGUAUAUUUCCUCCCUUACUGAAUUGCUAAUCAAAACUUGACCUUUACAAUUUUACACCCUUAUGUUAACUGGUCAACGUUUGUGUUAAACUUGUUCUUCCUUUAACAUUAUAAGCAUAGUUUUCACAUAGUUAUAUUUUUUCAGCCAAGAUUGGUUUUCUAUUACCCAGCUACUAUCAUGUGGGUUUCUUAAGGCAGAAAAUGUAGCAUUAUAUAUUUUGUAGGGGUCUAACGGUUCUCGGUUAUAGAAACUAACCGUACGGUUUGCCAACCAUGGUUUGGUAAGAAUUUGCUCUGUGGUUCAUAUCUAGUUUAAUAACCCAUCUGGAUCAUACAGUUUGGUGAAGAAAAUAAAGCGGCAAAUAGAUAUGUGCUGUUGUAACCUCCGCUAAUGUGCCUGUAUGGCUCUGUAGAUGGACUGCCUGUGUUUCACGUGGGUCAACUUUCUACAGAGAGAAGCUGUCCUAUUAACUGUUAGUAUGUUAAAUUGUUUGAUGACAUCACAGUUCUGCCUGCGUUAGUUGUUAAAAUGUCAAGCUGAGAAAACAAGCUGCAAGACAGAAGCCACUGUGUCAUUUCAGUCUCCUGUCUUGAGAACUUUUUCUUUAUGCAGUCAAUCACAACAGCGAUGGUCAAAAAACUUUUACAACACAGGCAAUGUUUGCCAACAUUGUUUGACGCGAGUGCCAUAUACUGGUAAUUAGGGCUUUUAAUCGAUUGAAUAUUUUAAUCAAAUUAAUUACAUGGUGUCCCCAUUAAUUAAUCGCAUAUACAAAUAUUUGCUGAGAAAGCCCCUCAUAUAACAAUAAUUCAAUAUAUAAUGAUUAUACAUAUUUAUAUCAAUAUAUAAUUAUACAUGGUUAUCUUUAAAUAUUUAAUAUCAAUAUAAAAUAUUCAGAUAAUUAAAAUGCAUUACAUUAAUUAAUCAUUGAUAAGACAAUACAAAAAGCGGCUUUAGAAUACAAUGUAUUGUUUAUUACCAUAUUAUUGAUCAUAAUUCAAUCAUUGACAUACGGUUCACAGCAGUCCAUUUCACAAGUGGUAUAUUAAAACAAACAACAACAAAAAGGAAUAAACAGUUUAAUAAAAAUAUCAAAUUGUUUACAUAUUUGAAUACACUUUACAGCUUUCUUGUUACUCAAAUUGGAAAUUGUCCUUAGGUGUUGCUGAACCUCUGAAUUAAAAAUUAAAACUAAUGGUUUAUAACCACCAUACUUACAUUUAUGAAUACUAAAAUUUAUCAACAAAAGCAGAACAUUAAUCAAAUAAUAUUCCUUAUGAAGAGACAUGUCAUAGCUAAAAAAAAACGAAUAAAACAUUUUCAAAACAAAGUUGAAGCUGGGAAUAAUAUGAUCUCUAACAAUCUUGCAGAAAUCAGACCAAAAACAAGUCGAUUAGGGACAACUUCAAAAUAAAUGAAAAAAUGUUUCCGCCUGAAGACCAGAAAAUGUUCAGAAUAUAUCGACAUCACAAUUAAAUCUCUCUACAAGAAAAUAAUUAGUGAGGUAAUACUUAUAAAUAAGUUUGAAGGAAAUUUCUGUUUAAAUAUAUUAAAUAUUUAUGGGUAACUUCCAAAUUUUGGAAGUCCAGCCACACCCUGCGUCAGACAUGAUUGUGUAGCGUCUCGGGUGCGUUGUGUCAUAAACAUAAAAUGUUUAGGUCACUGUGUCAAGUUAAAUAUAGUUUAAUACUCAAUCUUUAAACACAUCUUGAGAUUCCUUAGUUCGCAUUUGUGCUCCGAGUGUUUUGAACGCAAGAACGUAACGCAUGUUUGUGAUGUUCUGCCUACUGAAGUGUUUUCUUCACUGUAUAAACUGUGUGUUGCUCAUACAACUGAAAUUUCACUGUCUGCCCUCUGGACUAAACGGGUGGUACUACAAGCUUGCAUUUCUCAGGACUCUUACUUAUUAUGGUCUGGGGGAAGUGUGAUUAAUUGCGUUAAUUUUUUCAACGCGUUAUUUUUUUUGUAAAAUUAAUCGCACUGAAUUAACGCGUUAAAUCAACAGCCCUACUGGUAAUACAUCGAUAUUUGAUUAUUUACACUGACAUCACCUGAGGAUAUAUAUCGUGCGGUGUGCAGAGCUGCAGGUCAGCCCGAAACUGCACGCAAACAACUGUCUUUAAACAGGCACUCACUGCUAGUCUGGACAAACAUGAAACAAGAACUAAAGCAUUCGAGGUGUUUAUAGCCAAAGUUAUGUUGCCCUUACUGCAUUGAUGAUGAUGUAGGAUUUCCGAUUUAUUUUUUGUUAUUUUGUUAAGGACCCUAAUGAAAAUUAACCUAUGGUUUUACUAUAGUAAUAUUGUAGUAACCAUGACUGUAAUAGCAAGGACUGUUGUCACCAUGUUGUUCUUGGCAGAAAUCAUAGUUUUGAUACAAUUAACUAUUGUUUUACAACAUUAAUACUGUAGUUUCCAUGUAGUAACCUUGCUUUUACUAUAGUAUUGUAACCAUGUUAGUUUUGUGGUUACUAUGAUUUUACUACAAAUACAAUGUUUAAACUAUGGUUACUGUAGUAAAACCAUGGUGAUUUGUAGUGAGGGCAAAUCUCUUGAAGUGUCUGUUACCAAUUAGUAUAUUUUUUACUUUGGAUUUGGCAUUCAUAUUUUUUAUUUUAUUCCCCUGAACAUAAAUACCAAACCAUACUGAAACCGUGAUACAAACCGAACCAUGAGAAAUUUGAACCGUUAGACCCCUAAUAUUUAGGACUGAAACCUGGAAAAUUUGGAUAUUUGACAAAGUCAGUUUUCUGGCUAAUUGAGGAUGCAAUGUUGUGAACACUGCAUUAAAUUCAUGUCUUUUUAUUCAUUGUAUUCUUCUCAGAGUUUUCAGUAAUCUAACAUUGUGCCUUGCUGUAUAACUGCUCAUUAUAUCAUUCAACAGGGAUGUAAGAAGUAUUCUGUAAUCUGUACAGAACGUGACUGAAGUAUGAAUUUAUUAAAAAAUGUAGCACCUAAAACAUCUUCACUCAUUGCAUCUGUUCUUAUUUGAACUACUCAAUGGGUUAUUUCAUCUGAGUGGAUUUACCUGCUUUACAUUAGAAUUUGUAACUUGCCUUUAACCCUGGGUUAGUCUUUAAUCCCAGGUUAAUUAGUGUUUCACAUGUGUAAUUUUGACAGGAGGUUCGCAGUGCUUUUAACUCAGGGUUAUAAAGCCUUAGUCCAUAACAGGGUUAGCUUCCUGAAUUGUGGUACUAUUCGGUGUAAAUUACAAACAUAAUGAUAUAUGAACAGUGAACCAGAGCAGAGUGACCCAGAAUGUAGAAAUGCACGAGUGACCAUGCACGCCCGGCCCCCAAUCGUGCUAAUCAGCUGGAGAGGGAUAAAUGCAGCCAGAUGCAGCAGCUGCGUGUGGCUCUCUCUCUCCCGAACUGCCUUAACCGCUGCAGUUAUCCCUAUCCUCGGCUGAUUAGUCCGAUUGGAGGCCGGUUGUGCAUAGUCCCGGCCUGGCCUUGCCCUCCUCCUCAUUACAAAUAUUCAUAGAUUUUCUAGUGAUUAGAAAACAGACCUGGAGAGAGACACCAGUUUCCAAGUGCAUUCCAAUUUAAUAAUUCAUGUAAUAUUAAUUGGAGGGGGGGGUCGCUGUCCUUUUCAGCACAAAACGGCGGUGCGAUAUGCCGAAGGGGGCAGCGAUAUUUAGAAAAGGACUGCGACCCUAUAUUCCCUUGCAUUGUAUGGACCUACAGAUCUGAGCUUAAUUUGUGUUCAGAAUAAGAAAGAACAUUUUCAUUUUUGGGUGAACUAUCCCUUUAAAUUGGGCGACAAGCUG